CAUCUGAGAGGAAGCUGCACGCCUGCAGACAGAGGGAGGAGAAGACUGAGUACUUCUUCUUCUUCUCCUCAGCACUAUCAAGGAGGCAGAGAGCAAAAAGAGACGGAGAGAGGAGACGAGGACAGGAGAUGGGAAGAUAGUGAGAAGAGGAGGAGGAGGAAAAAGUAUCCCUCCCUUCCACUUAGAGAGAGAGAGAGACAAAGAAAACAAAAGGGAAGCUGCUGGAGAGACUGUGAAGUGAAGGAGAGGGAGGGAUGCAGCGGACGGGAGAUAGUUAGAGGAACCGCAAGACUGAUCAAUGAGCAGCUGAGAUUUUUUUAGAGGGGAGAGAGAUUUAGACUCAGCAAGAAAGCCAGGGAGGAGUGGGAGAGAGGGAGGGAGAGACUGAUGAAUGAAAGAUGGGAGCAAAACAUCUGGAGGGGAGAAGACUGGAAGAGGAAGAUUUAAAGGGAAAAGGAGGAAUCUGACAGGAAAAAGAACGAGGGGAAUAAAAAAAACAUUUAGGGAGGAUAAGAGUGGAAAGAGAGGAGGAGCAGGAGGGUGAAAUAUUCAAGAAGAGACAGAGGCUGAGGGGAGAUGAGAGGAGAGGAGGCAGAGUCGAAAACUUAGAGAAGAGAGAGAAUACAUCAGAGCGGCGAGGGGAACCUGCUAUUUCUUCUUUCCUCUACUUUAUACAACAGAGGAGGGGGGAUGGAGUGACGGAGAGUUGAGGAGGACACAAGAAGACGGAGGAGGAGAGGAGGCAGUUGAAAAGACUUUCUCCUCAGCAUCCAGAUUAGAAAAAGAGACAAAUAAGUUGAUAUGUUAAACAUAUGAAUUCAAACUACAUCCAAUGGCGUGCUACUACAUCGUGAUCAGUUCCACCCACCUGCGAGACGGACAGCUGAGGAGCAUCAAGGGGGUGUUCAGGGGACCAAUAGGAGCCAACGGGCAACGGAACACGGAGGAGGCCGACUCCAGCUUCUACUGUGAGCUGUGUGACAAGCAGUACGUGAGACACCAACAGUACGACAACCACAUCAACUCCUACGACCACCACCACAAGCAGCGUCUGAAGGAGCUGAAGCAGAGGGAGUUUUACCGAGCGCUGGCCUGCAGGAGAAAGAGACGCCGGCGGGAGGAGAGGAGAGAGGAGCGAGUGCUGAGGAGGCUCCACCAACAUGAGGAGAGGAGGACAGGAGAGUGCGCUCCAGGUUCUGGUCCGAUGUUCAGAUCCACCACGGUGGCUGUGGAUCCAGAGAAGCAGAGCAGACCAGACUUUGAGCAGAACUGGGUCGACGUCCACACGAGCGGCUCCACGCUGGGAACAA